CCCGUCGCCUCACACCCGCUCCUCUGCAUUGCAUUGGCACGACUGACGCCGGCGAGACAACCCACCCGCCUCUCUGCUCUUGAGGAGGAGGAAGAGGAAGGACGUCAGGGGAGAGCAAGACCAGGCGGCUCGGGCAUCGCGAGCUGGGCGUCCCAAGUACCUCUGGCCGCUGCCACUGACAACCCUCUCCGUUCAUCCCCAUCCUCUCGGGAGCCUAUGCCCCAAGCAGAAGCCCAGAGGAUCCCAUGGAGGUGCCAGCCUGGAGGAGCCUCUAAGCGGUGUCAUGGUCCAAGGGGCACUGCGGAGGCGAAGGUCCAGUUCCAAGCGAGAGUGGAGAUAGCGCCCUGGUAAUAAGCGCAUCACCUGCCGCCGUCGGUGUGGGCGGCAGCCAAGCAGCCAAGGAGAAGAGCCCACCUCGCCCUGGGCGCAGAAGCCCAUCUCCCUCCCCUCUUGCUUUCCGUGCUGCUCAUCUUAUUUUUGUUCCCCUCCCCAACCCCCUCCUCGUUUUUUUCCAGGCGUGUGGUAGGUCUUGGCAAGCCCUUCCUUACCCCUCACUCACCCUCACCUCCCCCCACCCACCCAUCCACCCGCUGGCACCCGCGUCCCUAGCCGAGCCAGGCAGCCGACGGCGCGGGCAUCAUGGCGACGCUCAUCCGCAGCAAGAUCUCCAACGUGGCCACCUCGGUUUCCAACAAGUCCUCGGCCAAAGUCAGCGGCAUGUUCGCCCGCAUGGGCUUCCAGGCGGCGACGGACGAAGAAGCGGUGGGCUUCGCGCACUGCGAUGACCUGGACUACGAGCACCGGCAAGGGCUGCAGAUGGACAUCUUGAAAUCCGAAGGGAGCGAGGAAGGGGGAGAGCCGCCCCUGGAAGGGGACAUCCACUACCAGAGAGACGGCACCGGGCCCCUGCCUCCCUCCGCCUCCAAGGAACAAGACGUCUGCUCCGAGGUCUCCGGCCACGGGAAGCCCAGGAUCACAGCCUGGGAAGCCGGCUGGAAUGUCACCAACGCCAUCCAGGGGAUGUUUGUUCUUGGUCUGCCCUAUGCUAUACUUCAUGGUGGAUACCUAGGACUCUUUUUAAUUAUUUUUGCAGCAGUGGUUUGCUGCUAUACUGGGAAAAUCCUCAUUGCCUGUCUCUAUGAAGAGAAUGAAGAUGGGGAGAUAGUCAGGGUGAGAGACUCCUAUGUGGACAUUGCAAAUGCUUGCUGCGCUCCCAGGUUUCCCUCCCUUGGGGGCAGGAUUGUGAAUGUGGCUCAGAUCAUAGAGCUGGUCAUGACCUGCAUCCUCUAUGUUGUGGUCAGUGGCAACCUAAUGUACAACAGCUUCCCAAACUUGCCGGUCUCCCAGAAAUCUUGGUCCAUCAUUGCAACAGCAGUGCUCCUGCCUUGUGCUUUCUUGAAGAACCUCAAGGCUGUCUCCAAGUUCAGCUUACUCUGCACCUUGGCUCAUUUUGUGAUCAACAUUUUAGUAAUUGCCUACUGCCUCUCCAGAGCCCGUGACUGGGCAUGGGAAAAAGUCAAGUUUUACAUUGAUGUGAAGAAGUUCCCCAUCUCCAUUGGUAUCAUUGUCUUCAGCUACACCUCCCAGAUCUUUCUGCCUUCCUUGGAAGGGAACAUGCAGAACCCCAAGGAAUUCCACUGCAUGAUGAACUGGACUCAUAUAGCUGCUUGCAUCCUGAAGGGACUUUUUGCAUUGGUAGCCUACCUGACGUGGGCUGAUGACACCAAGGAAGUCAUCACAGACAACUUGCCCUCCACUAUUAGGGCUGUUGUUAACAUUUUUUUGGUGGCCAAAGCCUUGCUCUCCUACCCAUUGCCCUUCUUUGCAGCUGUGGAAGUCCUGGAGAGAUCCCUCUUCCAAGAUGGAAACAGGGCCUUCUUCCCCAAUUGUUAUGGUGGUGAUGGGAGGCUCAAAUCUUGGGGGCUCACUCUUAGAUGUGCCCUAGUAGUUUUCACCUUGCUGAUGGCCAUUUAUGUCCCCCAUUUUGCCCUCUUGAUGGGCCUCACAGGCAGCCUCACAGGGGCAGGCCUCUGUUUCCUCCUUCCUAGCCUCUUCCACCUCAAGCUGUUGUGGAGGAAGCUUUUGUGGCACCAUGUUUUCUUUGAUGUGGCUAUUUUUGUAAUAGGUGGUAUAUGCAGUGUGUCUGGGUUCAUUCACUCUUUAGAAGGUCUCAUUGAAGCUUUUAGAACCAAUACAGAAGAUUAAAGGAUGGACUGAACUGGUUGCAUUAGAGGGUGGGGGAGAGAAAGAAAGAGAAUCACACAGAACAUCUACAUAGCUAUGUGAUGAUGCAUUCCACCCCCCCCAAAAAAGGAGAAAUGAUAUUAUUUUAGUUAAGUUUAGUCCCCAACAAAUUUUAUCACAAAGUUUCCAAAUCAAAUGCUUAUUGUGCAAAUUUUUAAAAUAAGUUAAAUAUAUAUUUUGUAUUAUUUAGAUAUUAAUAGAGAGAAGAUAUUUAAAAUAUUUCUUUUUCAUUCAGUAGUCUGAACUCUAAUCUUUCUAUGGGAAGUAAAUUGCUCUAUUUGGUAAUUGUAAGAGGUUUCAUGGUAAUAUUUUUGCAAACUGUAUGCAAUUCAGUCUCUCUAUAACUCCCUAUAUACAGUAUGUCAGUCCAACUGCUCAGUGUUACAGCGCUGGAGCAUACAACCUGGUGAACCUUAAGUGGCCUAGAUUGUAUGAGCAACAAGCUAAAAUGACUGUGAAGGCCAAUGAUGAGUCUAGCAAGCAGUAGUGUUUACACUGUAUACUAAAACAACCACUAAAAACGGCUUAAUACUUCCAUACUAACUACACAUCCAAUAUCAGAGCUUCCCACUUUAAUUAAAAAUCACUUGGUCUACAGAUGAGACUAAGUUCCGUUCCAGAUCAGGAUGUUUUUUUUUAGUUCUAAAUUACAACAUCAGUGAGUAAAUAGUUGGAUUUGAAAAACAUUAUGGAGCAAAACACACACAAGAAAAUCAUUCUGUGCAACCACCAGAUCUGUGGAGCUGUUUCAAAUGUAUGUGUGGUGUAAUUGUGGUAAAUAAGAUGACAAAUGUAUAUCAGAAAAUUUAUCUUUAACAUAUAAUGUGGUACAUAAAUAUAUCAAACAAUAAAGAGAAACCAUAACAA